UCCUGACCCUGUCCCAUUUUGGAUGACUUAUAGACAUUAAUGAGUGCCAAUCCCAACAUGGAGGAUGCCACCCAGCUGCCAGCUGCACUAACUCCCCUGGCUCCUACAAGUGUACCUGUCCAUUUGGCAUGACUGGGUCUGGGUUUGAUUGCCACGAUGUGGAUGAGUGUAAUAAAAACUCAACUUUGCCUCAUAACUGUAGCCGUCUUUCCACGUGCAAAAACACAGAGGGAUCCUACAUUUGCAAGUGCAAGGAGGGAUACCAAGGAGAUGGGUUUACUUGUGAGGAUGUGGAUGAGUGCUUGCCACCCUCAAUCUGUGGGGACAACAUGACCUGCCAAAACUUUCCUGGAACAUAUACAUGCACAUGCACCCUUGGUCUAGUCUAUAGUUUGGGUACCUGUGUGAAUGAGAAGGACUGUAAGAAUGUAACCAAUGCGUGCAACACCCAUGCUGAGUGCAAAAACAUCCAUGGGUCAAACUAUUGCUUCUGCAUUGAAGGGUUUCUUGGGAAUGGUAGGGACUGUCAGGAUAUAGAUGAAUGUAAACAAACAGAGGCUUGCCCAGAGUUGUCCCACUGUUUCAAUACAGAAGGGUCCUUUCAUUGUGACUGCUGGGAAGGUUACCAUUACAACGGGACACACUGUGAAGACAUAAAUGAGUGCAGUGUAGGAACCUUUACUUGCCCAGACAACAGCACCUGCCACAAUAAAGAGGGAGGGUAUAAUUGUUCAUGUAACAGUGGUUUCCUUUACUCUAACAACUCUCUGUGUUUGGAUGUUAAUGAAUGUGCCACAGGGAAAGCACAGUGCCCAAAUGCCUCCAACUGCCAAAACACAGUGGGAUGGUAUUUCUGUGAAUGCUGGGAUGGGUAUACAGGCAAUCAGACAGUCUGUGAGGAUGUUGAUGAAUGCCUGAACAAUUCUACAUGUUCAGACCACAGUGUCUGUGUCAACACUGAAGGUUCAUUUCUGUGCCUUUGUGACCAUGGAUUCUCCUUUAAUGGUACCAGUAGUACCCGAUGCGAGGAUAUAGAUGAGUGCUCACACCCAGAGUUUGGCCCACUAUGCACUCAUGGGACUUGCAUUAACACAAUUGGCUCAUUUUACUGUGCUUGUCACAAAGGAUACUGGAGCAAUGACACUAGGUGUCUUGACAUAGAUGAGUGUGAAAAGAAUGAAUCCAUAUGUCAACCUCACUCUACAUGUGUCAAUAUCCGUGGGUCUUAUGAAUGUAACUGCAACUUGGGUUACAUUCUUAACAGAACCGAGUGUCAAGACAUUGAUGAAUGCCUAGCAAAUAACAGUCCCUGCACUGCCAACGCUAUAUGUGUAAAUACAGCAGGGUCUUUCCAGUGUCCAUGCACAACCGGUUUCGAAGCUCAGGGCCAAAGAUGUACAGAUAUAAAUGAAUGCCUUUUGGACAGAAUUUGCCGUCCUGAUCAGGUAUGCAUCAAUAAACCUGGAUCGUACCAGUGCACUUGUCCACCAGGACAUCAUGAGGAAAAUGGUACCUGCAUCGACAAUAAUGAAUGUGCGAAUAACUCUACUUGCCACCCCAUGGCAAGAUGCUGGAACACAGUGGGCUCUUUUACAUGCCAGUGUGGUUUAGGUUACACUGGAAAUGGGACAUAUUGUAAAGACAUUGAUGAGUGUUCCAAAUCACCCUUACGUUGCCACAAGUCAAGCCAAUGCAUCAAUACCCCUGGAUCUUAUGUAUGUGUAUGUGCACCAGGCCUUAUUGCACUAGGGUCUCUUUGUGUGGAUCUAGACGAAUGCCAGCCCAAUAGGGGUGGUUGCCAUACUGCUGCCACAUGCUACAACUCUGCAGGUGGGUUUCAGUGCCAGUGUGGCAACGGAUGGGAAGCCACAACCAGAAAUGGGCAUGGAAUGGAUGGAUGCGUAGAUCGGAAUGAAUGUCUCUCUUCUGACGUUUGUUAUGGCAACAGAAUAUGCACCAAUUUCAUAGGAUCUUACAGCUGUGCCUGCUCUACAAGAGAUACCCACUGCCCACAGCUGCCGCCAAUGGGUGGGGUAUUAUAUUACAAUCAUGAAUACAAUAUUUCUAUAUAAAAUAAUACCUCUGUAUUUUUUUUUUCAUUCUCUCUCUGUCUCUUUGUAUCUCUCUCUGACUUUUGGCACUUUGUUGCUAAAAUACUUUGGUUCAAGUAAAUGAUGCGCACUCACAUGACUUGAGAUUCCUGACAUAUCUUAAACUUACCUCAAACUUAUUUUCCAGGCAGAGAAUGCCAACCUGUUAUGUUGUGUACAGGUCGAUGUUUUUUUUUUUGUUUGUUUGUUUUUUUUGACCAGAUGGUGUAGUGAGCAGUGGCUAAAUGCCCAUGAUAACCAGCCAAACCUUGACCCCAUGGGGUGGAUUUUUAUAUAUUUUCACAGAAAGUG